GGUGCUCUGUGUCCCCUGGACACAGCAGAUCACCGAUCCACGGAAAGAGCCGAAGAUGUCGGCUUGGUCAUGUGAUCAGCUGUGUCCAAUCACAUGGGACAUGUACACUGAUCAUCAGGGCACUGAUGAUCAGUGUGUCCUGAUAAUCAGUGUGGCCCCAGAAGUGCCACCUGUCAGUGUCCAUCAGUGCCAGCUGUCAGUGCUGAACAGUGCCACGUGCCAGUGUCCAUCAGUGCCACAUCAAUGCCACAUAUCAGUGCCUACCAGUGGACAUCAAUGCCACAUAUCAGUGCCCAUCUGAGCUGCCCUUCAGUGUCACCCAUCAGUGCCACCUAUCAAUGCCAAUCAGUGCCACCUAUCAGUGC